GCUGUUUGGAAGGCGGAUCGGGCGGGCGCUCACAUCUGGCGGGGCUCCGCUCCUGCUCCUGACGCGGCGGCCGCUCCUCCGGCUCUUCCUUCACUUUCCAGAAACCCGUUUCCGCUUCUGGCCGAGACCGGAGCCCAGGAGACCGAGGUGCGCGCCGCCUGCGCCGCCUCCCCUCCCCGCCGUCCCGGACUCUCCCCGGCUUCCCGCUCUCCCGACACGUCUGCGCUCGGCCGGCCCGCGGCCCGAGAUGCUCUGAGGCGGCGCUGGGCAGAGGCCGGAGGGCCGGCCGGAGGCGCUGGGACCAUGGGCUCCCGCGGACCCGCACGCGUGGUGGCGUGCUGCCUGCUGCUGGCCUUCGCCUGUGGCCCCGUGCUGGGCCGCGUGCCCCCUGACCAGGAGGAGCCGCAGGAGCCAGAGGGCACCGAGGAGCCGCUGCGGGACCGGGACCCUGCAGAGAGGGCGGAAGACAGGCAUGGCGGGUACGGCCCCCGGCAGGGCGAGGAGCCCCCGGCCUCCCGGUGUUACCGCUGCUGCGACCCCGGCGCCCCCCUGUACCCCUCGGUGCCGGUGCCGCAGAUCAACAUCACCAUCCUGAAAGGGGAGAAGGGCGACCGGGGCCUGCGGGGCCUGCAGGGGAAGCUCGGCCGGCCGGGCGCCGCGGGCGUGCGCGGCCACGCCGGCCCCAAGGGCCAGAAGGGCUCGGCGGGCGCCCCCGGCGACCGGUGCAAGAGCCACUACGCGGCCUUCUCGGUGGGCAGGAGGAAGCCGCUGCACAGCGACGCCUACUACCAGACGGUGGUGUUCGACACGGAGUUCGUAAACCUGUACGGACACUUCAACAUGUUCACCGGCAAGUUCUACUGCUACGUGCCCGGCGUGUACUUCUUCAGCCUCAACGUGCACACGUGGAACCAGAAGGAGACCUACCUGCACGUGAUGCGCAACGCGGAGCCCGUGGUCAUCCUGUACGCGCAGGUCAGCGACCGCAGCAUCAUGCAGAGCCAGAGCCUGAUGCUGGCGCUGGGCGAGCAGGACGAGGUGUGGGUGCGGCUCUUCCGCGGGGAGCGCGAGAACGCCGUCUUCAGCGACGAGUUCGACACCUACAUCACCUUCAGCGGCUACCUGGUCAAGCCGGCCGCCGAGCCCUAGCCCGGCCCCCGGCCCCUCGCCCCCGCCUGCCCACGCCACCCCCGGCCCGGCACCGGGCGCCCGCCGCCGGCAGCUCUCCCCACGCUGGGGGCCCCACGCCCCUGCUUUGGUGUUCGACACGAGGCCCCGCACAGGAGAGGGAGGGACGAGCAGCCGUGGGGCGGGGGGCCGGGGGCCGGGGGCCGGGGGCCGGGGGCCGGGCCUUGCCGUCUCCGGAGGUAGGAUCAUCUCUGGAGGUGAGAUCGUGGUGGAGCAGGCGGGUGAGGCUGGCGAGCGCUCCCCGUUGUGGGAGAAUCCUUAAGUGACCCCGGCCGUCCCUCCUCCUGAGGCUCCAAACGAUCAUGCAGAUUUGGAAAGCGGAGCCGAGCCCGGGAACCGCAGGGAGAGGAGGGUGGCGGCUGCCCUCCCGCAGCCCGCAGCCCCCGGGGCCCCCGUCUCUGAGGCUGCAGGAGACGCCUUUCCCAGGAGGAGGCAGCGGCCACACCGGCUCCGUGCUUUAGGCCACAGGCAGCCUCCACGGCCAGCCCAAGCGGCGUCCACUCCGGGACAGCCUGGGCCUCGCCGAGGGCUCGGGGUCUUUCUGAGCCGCGGCAGCGGAGGGGAGGGGGGGGUCGGGCUGCAGAGGGACCGCCGGCCCUGACAGCUGCACCGCAGGGCCCGGACCUGCGGAUGUCCCUCCUCCAGCAAAGCUCAGGGCCCCCAGCGCGGAGCGGCACGGCCUGGCCUGACCCCCUCACUCCCGUCCUCGGUCCUCACCUCUGCCCUCCCCGCAGACACGCCGCCCGUGCAGCAGCCUCGGAGGCGGCAGCCGUGGCGGUUAGACGGUCAGACAUUUUCCUACGAGACCCCUCCCGUCUCAGCUCGCAGCGGGAGGAGCUGGAGGCUCGGCCCCCGCCUGCCUCGGGGUUCCAGGGACAGGCAGCCCCACCCACUGGGGCCAGACGCCCGCUGGGUGGGGGUGGGCGCCCGGGUGCUCUGGCCUGCGGCCACCUGUGGCCGGGCAGCCAUCCCCGCUCCGGGAAUGCCCAGGCCGGCCACUCCUACUGCCGGCCUCGGCCCCGAGUCUCCCCUUCACCAUCCGGGGCCCCCGCGUCCCCCCGAAGGAGCUCUGCUGGUCAGACGCCCGACUCCGUGCCUCUGGCGUGCCCCCCUCAGGGUGCCCCCCGCCGCUUCCCGCUGCCCUGACGCUCUCAGAAACAUUAAACUUGGCAUCGUGUGUUCAGCA